CUCGCCCCGCCAUUGGCAAACUUCACAAGAAUGGGCUUGGAGCUUGAGCGCGCGAUCAGUCCUGACUGGCUGCGGGAGAAGCCCGCGAUCGACGUUGCUAAGAAACCAACGGCAGGGGAUGACUGGACUGUGGAAGCGUGACAAAGAAAUCGUGGAGGGGGCCACAAACAGGGCUGAUUCCUGAAGAAGCCGGGUGGUUAACCAGCACCAGUCAAAUCACCGUGAUGACCAACCAAGACGACAAAAGCCCCUCGGCUUAUUUGUUUUGUUUUUUUCGGGGCGGGAAGCUAGAGCGGCGGAUAUGAAACGGCUUCCAUACCCUCGCACAUAUACAAGUGCUUGGAGGAUGGACAGGAAACGCGGGCUGUUCAAGAAUGACACCGGAAGAAAAACUUCAAAGCAAGCGAUUCGCGGGUUCUUCCUGCGACAAAAUGCCGUCGACCAAUAAAGGUCGAUGAAGCUCUCCAGAGGGUAAAAUGGCAAUGUUAGUGGCCAGUGGACUGGAAGCCGGAGCCACCUCAAGCAUUCUGUAGCGCGCAGGCGAGGAUGAACGGUUGGUGUGUGCGCAACCCCAAGCAUGAGUGGGGCCAAACCCUUCCACGAGGGUGAUGCUCAUCUGUUGGCUCCGGAGAGAAGCCCUCGACAUGGUGUCUGAAGUCGUUGAGAUCCUACAUUGAGCUUAUGAGGCCAGUCGAGGUUGGGCAGACGCAGCGGGUUUUUUGAUAUCAAAAGCUGCUAACCAUCACGUAUGGUAUUGACGUACGGGUAUGUAUCAGAAUACGUUACCGUAUUUUACAUACAUAUAUUACGUUCAAUACUAUCCUCCCCUCACUGGCUGAGAGAGUUGCAAAUUCCAUGUUCAUUGCUGUUGAGCACAAAUCUGCAAGCCGGAUGUUCAGAUGGAUUUCAUGCAUAUUCAAAAUUCUAUUUUCGCUUCUUUAAAUGCCCUCCUUUCAUUGGCCACCCACACAGCAAUGCUGAUGGAUUUCAACUGCAUGAGGAUUUCAACAGUUGUCUUGUAUACUUCUUCUAGUAGCAGGCAAUUUCUUUCAAUUCUUUGUGAUAUAGCCAUUUCCUCCAUCAUCUAGCAGCGUGGCUGUUGCCUCCUCACCCCCUCGCUCCUGCUCGGUCCCCGCGUCCCUUUACAUGUCUUCGUUCUGUGCUCUUUUCCAACAGUGGUGGGCCCGCGUUGAAGUCUAUUGCAUUCCAUGCACUGAAUAGCUGCUGGCUUGGGAUAUGGCGCACGGAUUGUGUAUUUCCCGCUAUACGUAUCCGAUCUCAAAUCCAUUCUGUUCUGAUGAGGCUGAUAUGGAUACCGCGUUACUGAUACAAUGGCAAAUCAUGCAUAGUACAGGGACAGGGAUGGGGAUUGAUGUGUUUUGUGCACCGAAGAAAGUAGAAUGUUGAGAGGACUAAAAGGGGAUUCCAUCUGACAUUGCGUGGUUACCCAUGAAGUGCUGUUAAAUGUACGACAUAUACAGCGCGCUGCAAUGGUCAGAUCCACAUGCUGGCUUUCUCCUUGCAUCUCGAGACAUUUGCCCUCCGACCACGAAAUCGUCAAAAUUCGAUACGAGAAAGUCUUGCUCUUGCUUUGCGAACAUGCCAUCCUGUCCAAUCCCUUCCUCGGUUCUUUGUUUUGUUCUCCUGCAGCCAGCAGCAGCUCAAAACCUGCGUCUUCUAGCCCGCCUUUGCCUGCAUGAAGCCACCCCUUCCUCCAUCCCCUCCAAUUAACUGCGUCGCUGGUUCUCCACCCAGUCCGCUAAUUUAUAGCACUCUGCUGUGUCAACCUGACCUAGACCCGUGCAAAAAGAAAACAUAAAAAUAAUCAUGUGGAUCUACUCGUCCGUCCGUCGUCCCAGAAAUUGAAAUUGAUCACACACCAGGGAAAGAGUCAAGGGGAAUAUGUGAACAAGAUUGACAACGAUCAGGGCUUCUAGAUGAAUCAAGUGGAUGGCCCAAAUUUCUCCGAUAUUACCCUGUAUGGAUCGGAGGUAUUGGGGGCGGGCCGGGGCUUAGGGCAAUCAUAAGCGUGGCUCUGUAUUUUGCAUUUUUACGUUCAGGAAUCAUGAUACAUCCACUAAUUACUAGUGCAAGAUUCUUCCUUGCCUCCGGGUGCCCCUAGUCCAGUUACUACUAGAAGUACGAGCCUCUCUUGGUUACAACUCCCCAUUUCUACUCCCCCGAUGCAGUGACACCAUGCCUUCCAGACUCAAACCCUGCCGUUCUGGCUUACUCCAACCGCGCCUGUCCUGCGAAAGAAUAAAAAGUAAAGAAGCAAAUUCCACCCACCACGUCUACCGUGAUUCGCCCGUGAUUUACAGAAAACAUGUUGCUCUGUGCAGCCGGAAAUGCAACGGCCCCCAUACACGCUGAUGCGGCGGCAAAUACCGGUCGUUCGCUACAGGGUUUGAAACACGUUGCCGUCCAAGCACGUAAGAAGAAAUUAUGCGGAGUCGGAGUUACGAAACUAGCUUGAGAAUCAGCGACUUUGGCCUCAAUAUACCCGAAGCUUCCCAAGGGAAAUAACUGACAAAAGGCCUAGCCAUUCAUAGUAUGUGAGAAACUUGAGCCAGAGCAUGUGCUUGAUCAGAUUCCCUAUGCUGGGGCGCUUUUUUUAUCUUCCGCCGAGCAUGCUACAUACAUAUUUUGAACAAAUCUACCAGCCACAUCCAUCUUUGAGACUACAACCUAACGACAAGCCUUCCUUCCCGUGUCGCGCCAAGGAAAGAACGUUGAUAUCAGGACUAAAAAAGCUAAUAAACAAAACUGAGAGGUGUUUUAAUAAUAAUAUAUCCUGCAAGCUCCCUUCAACAAUCGUUAUAUUUUCCCUUUCUUCUUCCACACUUCCAUAUUGCUUUUAUCGCGCUUGCUCCUACUAUUCCCUGCAAAGCGGGCCUGUUUGAGUACUGUACAACGGCCCCUCACUUUCCCGAAUGAUAGAGGCUAUCUUUUCCAUAACUGUCCAACCUCGCACGCCUUUCCGCAACACUAUGGAACAUUCUUAAAAGCCCGGUUUCCUUUUCCAUGGUUAUUCAGUUGAGGUAAGGUUGUGCCUCCAACAUCUUUCCGCGUUGCGCUCCCCUUUUAUCCCUUUUCCUUAUCUGGGUUUGUUUACUUUUGGAUUUAUGUAAAGAGUAAGAGGGACAUCUGUUUAGCUGGCGGUUAGUUGCUGCGGAUUGGGGAGAACAUCCUGUAUAUACCAUACCAUACCAUACCAUUCGUUUUGUUUCGUUUUAUUUGUGAACUGUAUUGUGUUGUACCGUACCUUGCUUAAAAAAUUACCAAACCUCCGCUCACGUUACAUCUUCUCGUCUCCUCGAAUCUCUCCCAUUUCUCUUCUGUCACCGGCUUCAUUUCUGCUUCCACUCCUUUGCUUCGCUUCCUCUCUUCCACCCCCCCCCCCCUCCUCUCUACCUCCAUUUUCCUUCUCUCCCUCCUUCUUUCCCUUCCCUCACCUCAUCCUAUGCUCUCUUUUCUUUUCCUUCCCUGCCCGCUCGUCCCCCUUUUUUCCCUUUCUCUAUUUCCAAUCUCUCUUUAAGCGUUUUUAUUGGGCCAACCUCGUGUGUUCAAACGUAACCCAGCGUUGACAUUCCUCCGUCAAUCCCUGUCGUUGAUACUCUCGUUAAAACACCCUCAUCUUCCAUUCUGAUGAUUUGAUAUUCAUUCUCAACGGCCAGCAUAUCUCUUUCGAAUCGACCGUACCAGCCGCGCGGUGCUCUCCGCCCGUUUAUCCUCACUCACGCUUUGGAUGCCCAUAUCUAUAUGCCGAAAUAGUUUAACCAAGUCCCCUCACGAUCACGAUUACCCCGACGGUAACGACCUCCAGUCCACAAUUGAGCGUUCAGAGCGCCGUUUCUCUUCACGAUACCAUCGCUCAUUUUGUUUUCUGUCGCGUUUCAUUCAACCUGCGAAACCCACGGCCCCUCAGUCACUCGUUUCGAACCCGCCUCCAGCGCCUGCACAUUCGUUUCGAGCCUUGUAUUGGUCUCCCCUUUUUGUCUUGGGAGGCCGUUUUGUUUAUUUUCGUUCUCUUGCAUGCCUUUUAUUCUCGUUUUCCUCCUGUCCAAUUGCGCCUUGGCUGGAGAAUUCUCAUAGACUUUUUUCUCGAUUUUCCUGGCAUUGUUUAUGCCAAUCUUACGCCUCCGCAAUAUUUUCAUCUCAUUUUGUUUUUUAACUUAAAGAAAGACAUAACGGAAAGCCUUAGUCGACACUCGGCUUGAGGACAGACAGUGCAUGGUGUUAGUUACGCUGUUGUUUUCUCUCAUGACAAAGAUAUGUCGAAUCCACCCGAUAUAUGGAAGGACGACGAGAAGGUCGAACUCCUCACAGAGAUUCUCAAACAAGCUAAAAUCCCGCCAGUUUACCUCUACACCAUGAUCCAGGACCACGGUAUCCGCCCUGCCUUCAUGGAAAUUCCACUCCCACCAGGGCGUUCACUUAUGGCAUGUCAAAAUGCAUAUAACCAUAUGGCUCAGGAGUAUUCACACAUGUUCCCACCACGGCAGAGCCCCUUUGGCUCAAGUGCUCCAUUGCAGAUCUCUCCUGGGGAUAGAAAACGCCCUCUUCAUCCCUUGCAAACAGACAAACCGCCAACAGGUCAUCGUGCAAUCCAACCAAAACCUACCCCACCUGGUCGUUACCCUAGUACGGACAUUCUGAAACCACAACAGUUGCCCCCCAGUGUUGAUAAUAGUUCAUUCAACGAGCGUCCACGAAAACGCGGGAGACCAAGUAAACUAGAGACACAGCGUCGGAAUCAACUGGAGGCACAGCGUCGGAAUCAAGCAGCAGCACAAGCUCGAGGGGAAAUGUAUCCUGUGAAGGGAGAUUCGCCUAGGUUCGGAGUGCCAUUAGCACCAUCUCUUCCCACAGGAACUGUUUCCGAGGCUCCACCGUUUGCUACCAUGAGACCGCAGGUCACAGACGGCCAUGUGCAUGCGACCCAGAUCCAGCCAACAGAUGCUCUAGGCUCUCAAACACAAGAUAUUCGAGUUCACAGAGCGCCACGGCCGCCAACAGACCCGAGCGCCGGGACUUCUGUAGGGUCAACGCCCAAUUCUGGGCCUGGGGAAUUAACCGCUCGUACAAUCAUAGAAAGUCAGGCCCCCCCUCCUACGACAUCUUCAGCUCCUUCUUUCAGAGGCAUAAACCAAUCAAGCUCCGUACCUGAGAACCCUAAGCCAGAGACCACACCCCCGUCGAACAUUACAACAGCGGAGCGUGGAGGGGAUAUCUCACCACCUUUUUCUAGGGCCAGAAGAGAGAGUGCAUCUUAAUACAUAUAUAACAAACCCUUAUCAAUGGAUAUGCAACGAGCCGGUUUAGGAAUUUUAGAAAAUUCCAAAAAUAGACCGACAGAUGUUCAAGGAUUCAUGCGAUUUCGAUGGGAAAAGAGCAACGCCUUUACAUAUGCGAAACGCAAACGAUUUAACGUAUGAGGUAGAUAUAGCUGAAUCUACGCUCAGCAUUACGGCCUCCUUACAUGCCAUCAUUUCUUUCGGUUUCGGAAAAGCGAUAACGUGGGAAUGGGUUUUUUUAUUUAAGAUUCUAAAAUCUUCCUAGCCGUUCGUCUCUUUAACGGCCUAUUACUGGGCGGCUUUUUUAUGCGAUUGAAAAAUUCGAUUCUACUUCGUGUUCCACCGUGAUUUUACGGACAUACAUACACGCGCUCCUGUCGAGAUAAUUUGCUUUUGAAGCGUUGCACCAUCUGAAACUGUAUUUGGAAUGCAGGGUUUCCCUUUCCAUCUGUUUUCAGUCCGAGCCAAGGCGGCAAGAAAUCAGGGGCGCAAAAUCUGUAGCACCAACUUAAGGGCCCUUCCUUAACCCCACUAUAUGGAGCCUCUAGAGCUGACAGCAGAGGGAAUAUGUUGCAUCAGCAGAGCGUUUUCCUUUUUCCAUAUUUCGAUACCAGACAAUCUUUUGAAUAUCUUUUAUAUUUUUCUGAUGUUGGCUUUUUAUUUGCUAAUUUAACUUCAGUUAACUACACAGUCUCAGAUUUUGUGAUCUUUGUUAUUUUUUCCUUUUUCUGCAUCUAUACUCUCUUUCUUCUGUAAUAAGUACUUCACUUUUAAUGAUAAUGUAUGAAUAUAUGAUAUUACUGACAUUUUAUAAUUAUUAUUAUACUUUUUCUUUCUCUUUAUAUUUUCUUCUUUUUCAAUAUUUUACUUUCUUUUGAGAUGUGUUAUAAAAAAAAUUUCUUUUUUACAUUUUCAUUUCUGAUAUUUUCUUUCAAUGUGUUUUUAUAUAUACUUUUUAUGUAUAAAAUAUUCUCCUCUAUUUUUCAAAUCUAUAUAUUAUUAUUUUAUUUUUAGUUAAUUUGCAUUUUUAUAUUUUAUUUUACAAAAUUUUAUUUUCUGUAAUUUAGAAGAAUAUUCAGCUGCUGAAUAAUAAUAUAGCUGCUUCUGAAUUUGCUUAUAAAUAUAAAAAGUUUUAACAGCUUUAUUAAUUAUUUUGUGACAGACUGUAUCUAAUCAAUUAUAUAAAC